AUGUCUACCCAGACGAUCACCACCAAGCGAAAUCCCGCAGACUCCAUGGUGUCUACCUGGCGCCAUGACCGAUCCCAAUGGAGCUUCUGGCACUGGAUGAUCGAACUCCUUGGACUGCAUCUCAUCGAUCUCGAUAAUGAAGUCCCCGUUUUCUCGAAGAAAGAUAAAAUCCCAGCUAUACGGGAAUGGACGGUUCACCUGUGGAUUCUACUCCACGCUAUGAUCCCACUCGUCCUUCAUCAUAUCUACACGACCUACACCGGCCGAAACCUGAGCCUCAUUGGCGCCUUCGCCCUAUAUUCCAGCUUUUUCAAGUUGAACGGUAUCCAUGAAAUGCACAUUAUGCGCCGCCUUGGCCAAGUCUACGGCUUCUUGGAUGGCGACAAACAUCCACGAGAUGAAAUACCUGACGUGGGUGUUGGAAAGGUUAUACGGGAACUCAUUUCAACCUCCAGUCUCCGCAUGGUCAUGGCCAUCUUUCUUACCUAUCAACAGGGUGAGGCACCAGCAUCACUGCAAUGGAAAUGGCUUCCCUUGGAGAUAGGCCUCUACAGCAUCACCGUCGACUUCUGGUUCUACUGGUAUCACCGUAUGAUGCAUUCUGUGGGACCCUUGUGGAAGUUCCACCGUCGACACCAUUUGACAAAACACCCUAACCCCUUACUCUCUGCCUAUGCCGACCACGAGCAAGAGUUCAUGGAUAUAACGGGUAUCCCGCUCAUGGCGUAUAGUACUCUGAAGAUUCUUGGUUUGCCUAUGGGAUUCUACGAAUGGUGGAUCUGCUUCCAAUAUAUUGCCUUCUCGGAGUUUAUUGGGCAUAGUGGUCUCCGGCUUCAUGGCGGUGCUCCUUCUACUGUGAAUUGGCUGUUGGAGUUGUUUGAUGCAGAACUGGUCAUUGAAGAUCAUGAUCUCCACCAUCGCUAUGGUUGGAGGAAGAGUCACAAUUAUGGCAAGCAGACUCGUCUUUGGGAUCGGAUGUUUGGGACCUGUCAUGAGCGCAUCGAAAGCGUUAAAGAUAAUGUUGAUUACGAGAAUCGUGUCACCAUGCCUCUUCUUUGA